ACCACCUCUUCUCCACGAACUGAAGGUCGCUCUCGAUCCGACACUGAGCCUGCCAGCAUUCUCUCAGCAUCUUUUCCUACCCGCCUCCCACCAUCUAAGGAGCACCGCGCUCUUCCGUCUCUGACGUGUUACAGGGCUUCGAGUGCCGCGCAAUAUGCCCCCAAUGCCCGAGGAGCAUAUUGGCCUCUGGAGACCUCCUCCUGUCAGUCUUCCCGAGCCGACGACCGAUCACGUAGUCCUCAAGUUCAUCCUCGAAACGCUACCCAAAAUCUUUCGCACAAUCCGAAUGCCUCUGAACUAUCACUUUGGGCACCUACACUAUCUCCUCCAAUACACAAUGGGCUGGACCAACCUCCAUCUCCAUAAGUUCGAUGUUUGUGGACCAAUGGAGCUGUACAAGUCGCAAGGCAGGAAGGGCGCGGUUAAGAAGUAUGGAGAGGACCUCGUCUAUGUCCAUCAGAUAGGACAUGACACAAGCGGUGAUCCAGGCUCGGCAUUCUCGCGGGAAGAAACCCGGAUCCUUCUCUCUGGCGUCUGGAACCACGAGAAUGAGCAUCGGGAUCUGGCCAAUGGUGCUCUAAUGUGCGCCUAUCUGCCUCCAGCAAUGCGGCAACAUCUUUUCUUAAGCACGUGGCUCAAUCGCUUCGCUAACGAGAAUAUCUGCGUGUGUUACAUGCAUGAUGUAAGGAGUUGGACAUAUCUGUUUCGCUUAUUUGGGCUGGUUUGAGGAGCUUCGUGGAAUGUGUCGAUCACAUUCGUAAGGUUCGAGCAGCUGAGGUCUGCUUCUAAUCGGAUGUUUUUAGUUGAUGCCAAAGGGGGCCUGC